CUGAUUGGAUUAGAGAGCCGGUACGCUCUUCGGCUCCUCGUGGUUCGGGUCGGGAAAGUUCAAGUAAUAAUAAUAAUAAUAAUAAUAAUAAUAAUAAUAAUAAUAAUAAUAAUAAAAAUAAAAAUAAAAACCUAAAUUAAUUGUGAUUUAAAACGAAAACGCAGAAGAAAAUGAAUAUCCGAAACGCGAGACCGGAUGAUCUCAUGAACAUGCAGCACUGUAACCUGCUGUGCCUGCCAGAGAACUACCAGAUGAAAUAUUACUUGUACCACGGGCUGUCCUGGCCGCAGCUUUCCUACAUCGCUGAAGAUGAAAACGGGAAAAUAGUGGGCUAUGUCCUGGCUAAAAUGGAGGAAGACCCGGAUGACAUUCCACACGGUCACAUCACGUCCCUGGCUGUGAAGCGCUCACACAGACGUCUGGGUUUGGCUCAGAAGCUGAUGGACCAGGCAUCCCGCGCCAUGAUGGAGAACUUCAACGCAAAAUACGUGUCUCUGCAUGUGCGCAAGAGUAAUCGGGCCGCUCUGCACCUGUACUCCAACACACUGAAAUUUCAGAUCAGCGAGGUGGAGCCCAAGUACUAUGCUGACGGUGAGGACGCCUUCGCCAUGAAGAGAGACCUGGCAGUGCUGGCAGACGAGCUGCAAAAGCACCCUGAGGAGAUGGAGAGAGUCGGACCCGAGUUCAACAGUGCCUCGGAGAUCCGCAGAUCAAACCACCUGGGGGGGGGAGGCGGGGCGGAGUGUUGCCAUGACGACAAGUGCAGUGGCGGAGGGGGGGCUGGAGCAGUGCACCCUGGGAAACAGGGGGGUCAGGAGGACAGCGGGGGGGACAGCAAGGACGCGAGCGAGACGACGGAGAGCACAGACCUGAAGGACAGCUCAGAGGCGUCCGAUUCAGCUUCUUAGAGAUCAAAGAUAAUUAAUGAUGAUAAAUAUAACGCAGUGAUUAAUGAGAGAGAGAGCGAGAGAGAGAGAGAGAGAGAGAGAGAGAGAGAGAGAGGCUUCAUAAAUUCAAUGGCAAACGUUUACACUAGAAGUCUUUCAUUUCAAAUUGAAGUAUUUCCACUGAAGACACCUGAGAAAGACUUCUAGUGGAAACGUUUGCCGUUGAAUUUAUGAAGUUUCUUUCAGUGUUUCUGUUGAAGACGUUGAGAAAGACUUCUAGUGGAAACGUUUGCCGUUGAAUUUAUGAAGUUUCUUUCAGUGUUUCUAUUGAAGACGCUGAGAAAGACUUCUAGUGGAAACGUUUGCCGUUGAAUUUAUGAAGUUUCUUUCAGUGUUUCUAUUGAAGACGCUGAGAAAGACUUCUAGUGGAAACGUUUGCCGUUGAAUUUAUGAAGUUUCUUUCAGUUUCUAUUGAAGACGCUGAGAAAGACUUCUAGUGGAAACGCUUGUCAUUGAAUUUAUGAAGUUUCUUUCAGUGUUUCUAUUGAAGACGCUGAGAAAGACUUCUAGUGGAAACGUUUGCCGUUGAAUUUAUGAAGUUUCUUUCAGUGUUUCUGUUGAAGACGCUGAGAAAGACUUCUAGUGGAAACGCUUGCCGUUGAAUUUAUGACGUUUCUUUCAGUGUUUCUAUUGAAGACGCUGAGAAAGACUUCUAGUGGAAACGUUUGCCAUUGAAUUUAUGAAGUUUCUUUCAGUGUUUCUAUUGAAGACGCUGAGAAAGACUUCUAGUGGAAACGUUUGCCGUUGAAUUUAUGACGUUUCUUUCAGUGUUUCUAUUGAAGACGCUGAGAAAGACUUCUAGUGGAAACGUUUGCCAUUGAAUUUAUGAAGUUUCUUUCAGUGUUUCUAUUGAAGACGCUGAGAAAGACUUCUAGUGGAAACGCUUGCCAUUGAAUUUAUGAAGUUUCUUUCAGUGUUUCUAUUGAAGAUGCUGAGAAAGACUUCUAGUGGAAACGUUUGCCGUUGAAUUUAUGAAGUUUCUUUCAGUGUUUCUAUUGAAGACGCUGAGAAAGACUUCUAGUGGAAACGCUUGCCAUUGAAUUUAUGAAGUUUCUUUCAGUGUUUCUGUUAAGAAAGAGAACUCCACUCAACACUGCAGAGCUGUGUAUUAAAGUUGUUCAUUAUUUUGAAAGUGAUGAUUAAAAGUAAAAUGUGUGAAAACACAAUAUUGCUUCUAUAUUUUAUUAAUUCCAGGUGAAAGGGUAUUUGGUGGAACAGGAAGCUGGUUUUAGGGUAAUUGUGGCAAUUAAAUAAAAUAAAAAGUGCUAAAGACAGGAGUUCACGACACAACAUCUAAACAAACUAGAGUGGAGCCAACAUGGUGAAAAUGUUGAAAAAAAAAACCCAGCCCCUUAACAAUCAGCCUGAAAAACGGACGUCACUUUGGCUUAAGUAGCGUGACCUAAAGCACAGGAAGCGAGACUCGCUGGAUCCAGUGGUUAGAGAAAGGGGUUCAAUACCAGGAGGUUCAAAUCCCGGCUCAGCCACUGACUCCCUGUGUGUGUGUGUGUGACCCUGAGCAAGUCACUUCACCUCCUUGUGCUCCGUCCUUCGGAUGAGACGUCAAACAAACGAGCUCCUAUUGGAAGUGACUCUGCAGCAGCAGCAGCAGCAGUUGAUGAUGAUGCAGAGUUCACCCCCCUAGUCUCUGUAAGUCGCUGUGGAUAAAAGUGUCUGCUGAAUGACUCGAUAAUAAUAAUAAUAAUAAUAAUAAACGUGAUGUCAAAACCCUGUUGCUAGCACACACGUUUUUUUGUGUGUGUCAGUUCUCAUAGAGGUGGCUUGACUCGCUCCUUAUGCAAAUAUCAUCCAUGAUGUGAAUUCUGUAUAAAAGAUGUCCCUGCUACAAAUUAAAUGAUUAAAGACUUACUUUCAUCGUUUAACCUGUUUUAACCUGGCUUACAAAUAUAGUUGCUUUUUUUUUAAUCAUUUUAAUUUAUUUUUUUGUAAUUGUGUUUAUAUCCAUCAUUAUUAUCAUUGUUUUCUUCAGUUGUUUUAUUUAGAUGUAUUAUUGCUAUUAUUAUUAUUAUUAUUAUGAAACGAUUGAUUUUAUAAUAAGAGACACCAAGGAUUAAUUUCAAUUUCAGAUUAAUUUAAAAAAAAUAUUGGUUGUGAAUUCGCCGUUUAAAC